UUAUUUGCGCGUUGAAUUUUCAAGUUCCUUAACCUUUCGAAUUAAUAAUGAUAAUCGUUAAACAAUAUUAGCCUAAUCAUUAUUAACCAAUAGAGAUUCUAAAUACUCAAUUUUUUGUCGCACAAAUAUAAUAAUAAGAUUAGAAAAGUGUGAGUAUAUUUAAGUGUUCACCUAGCUGAUAGCUUCUCUUUUAUGUCAACAUAAUUGACUGCCGACUGGAUACGCGUCCUAUUUUGAGAUCUAAUUUGUUCAAUACUUUAUACGAUUAAAUAACCAUGCUAUUUGCAAGUAAAUAUUCUUUAUAUCAACUAAAUCUUUGGAUAUGCAAAAAUGCCUGGUUGUGCAGCAGUUGGCUGCAAUAAUCGCAGUGAAAAAGGCUAUAUUAUGAAAUGUUUUCCUCGUGAUCCAGAAUUAAGAAAAAUUUGGCAAGAACGUGUAGCUAGAGCCGAUUGGGAGCCAUCAAAUAAUUCUUUUCUUUGUCACGUACACUUUGAACCUCAUGAAUGGUCUUUGGCACAAAGUGGUAGGAUUAGAUUAAAAAGAAACGCUAUACCGUCUAUUUUUACUGUAACCUCUACUAGAAAAUCUCCUAAAAAGCGACAGAAAUUAAUUCAUACCAAAAAGGAGAACGACUGUGAAGAUAGUCAAACUAUGGAAUAUUUUGAGAUUGAUACCGAAUGUUCCUCCACUGGGAACCUUGAAGGAAAAGAUUCUGAUUUCCAUGAUACCGAUGAAAUUUCUCAGUCAUUGACAUUUGAAACUUCUGAUAAUAUAUAUCAAGUAAAGAAAGUAAGGAAUACUUAUAAUGAUAAUGUACAAGAUCAUGUAUCAGAUCAUGUAGCUACAAAUAGCGCUCAAGAUGGUAUCAUUGUAAUCUCCGAUGAAUGCAAUAUAGAAACAGAUCAUUUUAUAAAGAAAAACAAUACCGCAAUGCACACUAAUGAAAGCGAUAAAAUGAGUAGUAAUAUUAACGGCGAUCAGGAUCCUACAUUAAACAAUCCUGAAAAUUUAUACAUUAAAGCAGAAGUUAAAUCUGAAAAUAUAAGUAGCAAAUUUGAAGAUAACUAUGACGAUAUAGAAGAAAAAUUGAAACAAAUUUGUGAUGAAAGGAGCGCAAACGAGGAAGAUUAUUCAGGAAAUAACAGAACCAAUUGUACAGCCAAAAAACAAGAUGAUACAGAAAGAAAUGCGGAAGUAAGUUUAAGAACGGAUUACAAAGAACCUGUCAAGCAUGAAAUAGGAGAUAUUCUUAUUGAUAACAGGGAAAAUGUUGAAAUCAUUUUUGGUACUGAAAGUGGGGACGAGAAAGUCGAUACUUCUCAAUCCAUUUUGUGCAUUAGUAAUUCAUUCACUAAGGCUAAUGAAAUUACUGAUCCUGUGUUAAAUAUGGACGAUAUUGUUUGCAUCAAAGAAGAAAAUAAAGUCUUUAAUGAAGAUAUAGAGGAAAAUUUUGGUAAAGACGAAGUACAUGUUAUACCAAAUAUGAGAGCAGCUAUGAAACGUAAAAGAAGAACUAGAGAAGAAAUAAUGAAAUCAAUUAAAAAGUCCAUUGGUAGUACAUCUGAGCAAGAUAUAAGUUUUAUACACAAUAGCGAUAUUUCAGAUAACAAUACAGAUAAACAAGUUGAAUUCGAUGUGAAAACUAAUAACAAAAGUAAUAUUAAAAAUAACAAUAAUCAUGCAGAAAUAGGAAAAACAGAAUUUACAAUAAAAGUAACUGGUAAUCCUGAUGAUGUAUGUGAUGUUAUCCAAGAACUAACGGGGCAAGAUAAUGCAAAACAGAAUUUUCAAGAAAUUCAUAAUUCUUGUGAGAAGCUUAAUCAUAAAUCUGUAAUUACAUCUGUUAUCAAAUUGAAGGAUUAUCCUAUAAAUUUAUCUAAUGUUGCAAAAGAAUCAUGUAAUAAUCACGAAGAUUUUUCAAUAAAAAAUAAAGAUUUCUUUCUACGAAGAAACCCUUUAUACCUUAAUAAUACCGAAACAGUAAAUAGAGAACAUUUGAAAAUAGAAGCGGUUGGCGAUAUUCAACAAAGGAAUAUUUUCACUAACUCUACGCCACGUUCUAUAUUAGAGAAAAAAAUGUUAAAUUUAUACAAUAGUUCUCCAACAAAUUAUAGUAAUAAUAAAAUAGAACAAAUAUUGGGUAAUUUAACUGCUCAUGACACAUUUUACGAACACGAACAGUUACAACAAAGAUCGAAAAUGCAAGAAGAAGUUAUUCAAAAAUUAACCAAUCAACUAAUUGUAUUUAAAAGAAUGGAAACUAAUCUAAGAAAGCAAAGUACAUUACUACAAACCAAGACGAAAGAAGUUGAGAUGUUAACAAGUAAAUUAAACACAAAAGCAACAUCUACACAGUCAUUAAUGAAUAAUAAAAGAAGUCUAGAAUCGAAGCAAAGAUUAAUCGAAGAAUUGUCAAGUAGAGUGAACUAUUUUGAGGUGGUAAAUAAGAAAUUAAUGAAAACUAUGACAUUAGAAUCUCAACAAAGAAGGAAAUUAGAAGGAAACAUCAAACAAAAGGAAGAUCAAAUAAAAGAAUUGAAUUGGAAGUUAGAGAAAGCUUCGAAAUAUCUUGAAAGGGCAGAAAAAAAUACAAACACUUAUAAACGAAAGAUGUUAAAUAUGCAGACGGUUAUGAGACGAAAAAAAUUAUUAGAUGAAAAAAUGAGUUGGUUUAAUGAACUGCUAAUUGAUAACAGUAAAGGAGAAUUUUCGGAAAAAAUUUUGACAACCGCUGUAGCAAUUAGGAAUGAUUGCGGAAAGGAUGGUUAUAUUAAAUUAAUCGACUUUGGUUUCCCCUUACCGCCCUUAACAGCUCUGAAAAGAUUUCUUAGUAAUAAUGUGACAAAAGAGCAAAGCAAUAACGAAAAACAUCGAGAUAUUUUGAAUAAGAAAGAACAAUUAAAAGAUGUACAAUGCUUAAGGAACGAAAUGGAAAUAGAUACUAAAGAUUCUGGUAUACCAGAAUCGGAUAAUAAAGCAACAGAAUUAAAUACUACAGAAACAAUAACUGGGACUGUACAAGAUAUUUUUAAUGAAAAUAACGAUGGUGAUGAUUUUACUUCUCAUGAACUUAAGAAGCAUUUUAUGGAAGAAUUAAGUGCUGUCAUGUAUGGGAUAUUUCUACACCAUCACCUAACAAAAAACCAUGGAACCGAAGAAGCAACAAUACCGUCAGAGAGUACUUUUGACUUGGCCCUUCCAAUCUUGCACUCUUACUUAGGAAAUAAUCUAAAAGAACUCAGAGGGAGAACGUUACUGGAUGAUGGAAUUCACAGGAAUUUACCAUUAUUAGUGAAGCAUUCUAUUAUUUUAUUUCCUGGACAGACAUUACCAAUGAAAUCAGAGAAUAUAGAAGUUAUUAGAAUGCUACAAAAUUGCAUUCAAAAAGAUCGCAUAUUUGGUGUCAUAUGUUUGAACAAUGGCAAGGUGGUACGCGUAGGUACAACGGCUGAAGUAUAUGAAUAUUAUGAUGGAGAUUUAAUGGUAUCAAGUUUUCGAUUAAAAGCGAAGGGUAGACAGCGAUUUAAAAUAUUAAGCAUUAUCAUGAAGGGCAACGACAUGUUUUCCGCAAACGUUAAAAUAUUACCAGAAGUUAUUUUGAAUCAUCCAUUCUCGGAUUGUCGUUUAACUUCGUUAAACCCUUUUCGAAUACAACCGACUAAUGAAAAAGAAUCGAAACAGCAAGAUUUUGUAGAGAGAGUAGAGUCUGUUAUAACUCCAUGGCCGUCAUGGGUAUACAAACAGUAUGAUCCUGUGAGAUUGUCUUCCAAGAUACGCCAUCAUUUACAAUUUCUUCAACAACGAGGUAGUAACAUACCUAAGGAUCCAAUUGAAUUAUCAUUUUGGGUCGCACAAAAUGUAUUGGUUGAUGACGAUGAAAGAAUUGAUUUAUUAAAUUAUGAUUGUGCUAUUGCAAGGUUACAGAAAGAAAUCAAAUAUCUUAUUGAGGAUAGAUCUUUUGUUUGUGUACAUUGCGAUAAUUUCAUUGCUCAUCAAUCGAAUAUGUUUCCAAUGAGUAAGGAAGGACUUCAAAGUACAUAUUGUAAUGGCUAUGGUGUCAUAUUUGAAACAAUAACUGUCUAUCAUGCGGAAGGAUUAUUGCUUAGUAUGGAUUCAUCCUCAACAGUUUAUAGUUGGUUUCCAGGAUAUGCUUGGACAACAGCAAGUUGCGGUAACUGUUCUUCUCAUGUGGGUUGGAAAUUUACAGCGGUAAAAACUAACUUGAAACCUAAAGGCUUUUGGGGUUUAUGUCGUAGGGCACUGAAAAAUAAAACAAAUAAAAAAGUAGAUGAUACAAUAGAUAUUGACACUUUGCCUGAUGAUAAUUGAGAGAAUUGUUUAUAUUUCGUACAAAUCGUUGAUGCUAUAGCCGGAUUGUUGUCAUUGCAGUUAAAUUUAUUACUUAGUUGGAUUAAAAUAUCUUCUAAUGAAAUAUAGUAAGAACCAUUAAGAACGUGUGGUAAAAAAUAGAAUGCACUUUGACAGAAUAAUAUUAACAAAAAUUUGUCUCUGGGCAAAAGUACAUAUACGCGUCAUCCUU